AUGGCAUCAGCGAGCUACAAGGCUCGCAAGGAGGCUUUUGUCUCCAAUCUCUUCGGAAGCUCGCUGACAGAUAUCAACCUGGUCACCCUGGUUGCUGCUUCAGCGGUCCUUCUAUGGACAGCUUUGCAGAGGAGACGGUCGCUGUUCACUCCUUACACUCCAGUGGCAGCGGCCGCAGACUUUCUGCUAAAUGUCUCUGCGAUCCUGUUCGCCAUUACAUUGUAUUCGUCUGCACCGUUGGUGUUGAACAUUUCCCUCAUCACUCCUGCAGUGCUACUCCUGCUGCUCAGCAGUUCACCUGAGAAUCAAGGCUCGGCGGCGAAGUCCAAGCAACAGAAGAAGCCAUCCAAGUCUAGGUCUCCCCAAGCAAAUGCCAAAGCGGCAGCAGCAGCAGCAGCAGCAUCCAAACCCGCCAGGCUCCCUGUAAGACCGUUUGUGACCCACUACCGGGGCUCUAUGAUGGUGGUGACCUGUCUCGCCAUCCUCGCCGUGGACUUUCCCAUCUUCCCGCGCCGGUUCGCAAAAGUGGAAACAUGGGGCACCUCAUUGAUGGAUCUCGGCGUCGGCUCCUUCGUCUUCUCCGCUGGUGUUGUAUCAGCCCGGGGCCUAGUCAAGUCCGAGCAAGUCGCCUCGAACGGAGGGAAAUCAAUACAAAGCACGUUCAUCACCCGCUUCGCCCAAGCCGCCCGCCACUCAAUCCCCCUCCUUGUCCUAGGCUUCAUCCGCCUCUGGAGCGUCAAAGGCCUGGACUACGCCGAGCACGUAUCCGAGUACGGCGUGCAUUGGAACUUCUUCUUCACACUUGGGUUCCUGCCUCCCUUCGCCGAACUCUCAGACACCAUCACACGGAAACUAGUCAAGCGGUAUGAAAUACUCGCUUUUCUACUCGCCGCCGUAUAUGAAAUCACCCUCAACAGUACGGAACUACUUCGCUACAUUCUCGUCUCUCCGCGCGGACCCGACCUACUGUCCAAGAACCGCGAGGGUGUCUUCUCGUUCAUCGGCUACCUCUCCAUCUUCCUGGCCGGCAGAGGCACCGGCGUCUUCGUUAUGCAGUACCAGGAACUGACAGACGGCAACCCGAAAACUAACAAACCCCUCCACUACGACACCGACCCCACCACCUCCACGAACCGCGAACGCAACCUCGUCCUCAAGAAACUCCUCAUCCAAUCCGCCAUCCACGGCACGCUCUUCCUCCUCUCGACCUCCGUCUACACCUGCAACCUGAACGUGUCGCGGCGGCUCGCCAACCUGCCCUACGUGCUCUGGAUCGUCGCCUUCAACAACGCGCAGAUCCUCCUCUUCGGACUGGUCGAGUCCCUCGGCCCGCGCUUCUCCUACCACGCCUCCGACUCCCACAAGGUGCAAGACGCCACGAGCCUCCUCCUGCGCGUGUACAACAGCAACGGGCUGGCCGUGUUCCUCGUUGCCAACCUCCUUACCGGCCUCGUGAAUCUGACCGUCAAUACCCUAGACAUGAGGAACCUUGCCGCGAUAGGUGUUUUGUUCGCUUACGCCGCCGCCGUCACGGUGUUUGCCAUCACCUUGGAUUUCUCGGGUGUCAAGAUCAAGCUGUGA